AUGGGGAACAAGCAGACCUCCCAGCUAGAGCCAAUCAAGCUAUCACCACACAACGAAAGCCUUUCGAAAUUAUUUAAGGUAUCUCGAGCGUUUCCGUCUGGGGAUUGUAGAAACUAUUAUACGUUGUGAAUUUUAAUAUUUCUGCAACAUCUUUCAGCUCGAGCUAGCCAUUUAUUAUACUCGCUGUAUGCUGUAUUUAUGAGUGUUUGUUUCUAAAAACAAAGACCGGUAGUCUUUCGGCAAAAUUUCCGCACAGCUCAUACUUUAUUAGGCAUACAGUUCUUGGAUGAGGAAAUCAAGGGCGAAAACAAUAAAUUGCCUUCGGAACAAGGUGUCCAGCCUUUUCAUAGAAUAGCGUAGGGGUAAAGUUUCAGCACAGCCCCAUACUAUUGUCAAAACAAAUCUGUUUUCCCAAUGGAAAUGUAUUGUUUUUUUUAAUUGUUUUCUCUAGUCAAGAACUGAAUGCAUAAUGUAGUAUGGGGUUGUGCGGAAAUUUUACCCAGCUUUUUCCUAAAAUAGCAUAGGGUUAUAAAAUUGCCUUCGGGAUAAGGUGUCCAGCUUUUUCAUAGAAAAGUAUAGGGUUUUAUUAAUCUUUUUCUUAAAUUUAAAAUCGUGUUGAAAUUACAAUUAAAGCAGAAAAUUCUGGGUAGAGUAUAUCAGAAUUCCCACACUGAAGGUCAUGUAUGGUGGCCAAGGGCUGCCACUCAAAAUUUUACAGUUUUUCUAGGAUUGAAUAAAAAAUAAAAGAUAAAAAUAAACCAAAACUGAAAAUGAAAUGGAACGUGGCUGCAAAACAAAGGAAAAAGAACAACUGAAAGAAAAAUGGAGUAAAAAUCAAAUUUAAAAGCAAAAGUAAUAGCAUUGUCAAAGAGAAAUCAUUUUGAAAUAAAACUGAAAUCCAAGGGCAAUUCAUGUGGAAAUAAAAAAUAAAUUCAACAUCAAAUCAAACCAAAAGUCAAAGUGAAUAUCACUGUGGCGGAGGGCUGCCACUACCAUGAUACUGUGCAGGCAUGAUUGUAUGUCUCAUCAUGCGUUGUGUCCCUUUACAGAAGUUGUAAAGUUGUUUUGGUCUUGAGUGAUUUUAGAAGAGUUUUUUAGUAUUUCAAUGCCUUAAUUUUUUUGUGCAUUGUUACUUGAUCUACUUAACAGUACCAUCAUUGAAAAAUAUGUCAAAAUGAUAAGCCUUCUAUCAAGCAUUCUUAGACUCCAUGCACAAAGUGGAAAGUCAUUAGUGAGGAAAUUUAUCAUCUCUUGUCUUUGUGAUCCUUGCCUGAUAUAUUUCAGCCAAGCCUCUUCAGGAUCGGCAUUAUUUUUCCAUAAGGCUUCUCUGAAAUCUGACAUCAAAAUACUAAAAAACUCUUCUAAAGUAACUCAAGACCAAAACAACUUUAUCACUUGAGUCAAAGGGUACAAUGUAUGAUAAGACAUACAAUCAUGCCCGCACAGUAUCAUGAUAGUGGCAGCCCUCAGCGAUAUUCACUUUGACUUUUGUUUUGAUUUGAUGUUGAAUUUAUUUUUCAUUUCAACGUGAAUUGCCCUUGGAUUUCGGUUUUAUUAUUUUAUAAUGAUUUUUACUUUGACAAUGCAAUGAUUUCUACUUUAUUUUACUUUCAAUUGUUCUUUUUCCUUUGUGUGCAGUCAUGUUCCGUUUUACUUUUAGCUUUGAAUUAUUUUUUCUUUUAUUUUUUAUUCAGUCCUAAAAAAACUGUAAAUUUCGAGUGGCAGCCCUCAGCCACUAUAGUCAUGGUAGACCUGCAGUUUAUCUAGAAUAUCAAAGCUCAUGUAGAUUUUGGUAAAAGUUGUUAUUUUGCUGUUUAUAUUUCCUUCUUAUGUAACUAAUUUUAAGAAUUGUAACAGCUUGCAUGUUUUUUAUGGUAGCUCACUUGAAAGAAUGGGAGCCUGGGGACAGGGAUAGAAUAUGAUAUAAGCCUGUUGGCAACCUCAGGGUCCCAUAGUCCUUUCACUUAUUUUUGAAUGAAAAGUAAGUUAAAUUGGUGCAAGAGAUGGAAUUUUUUUAUCUGGUAUAAUUAAAUAACAGGAACUUGCUGAAGUUACAGAUGGAAUAUCAUCCAUAAGAAAAGAAGUAUUUCAGGUAAAGCAGACUUUUGUUUUCUGGUUAUGACAGAACCCUUGUUUCGUGGCGCUUUUGAUUUUUUUUCCCCUUUUUUUCAGUAAUACCAUAUAAGAAACACAGGCUGUAGAGGUUUUUGUAGACCAUUUAAAAGAUUGAUUUUUGUAAAUGACUUUUAAUUUGCAGUUUAUGUUUAUUUCAUUUCAGAACUACUUCAGAUCUGAAGUAAAUGAAUUUGAUGAGCCACUCUUCUCACUUAUAGCAUUAAGUGGAGGAUGUGACAGGAAUGCAGUGCAACUAGGAUGUGAUGAGUUUGUCAAUGGAUUUGAUGUUUUCUUAGAAAAAGGUGUUGACUCUGAAAUAAACAUUACUUGGUGUAUCCCUUUACAUUGUUCUACUAAGGAUUCUGUAGGUUUGAUAGCCACUACUCCCUCAGUCUGAUCUUUUUUCAGCCUAAGGUGUUACUUUAAAGGAAACACCCCUCCCCCUCUAAAAAAGUUGCUCUUAGCCACCACUGAAAUGGAAUUGAUGUCAGCGCAGAAGCUGCCAUCUAGAAUUUACAAAACUGACUUAUCUUUUACAAAGUGAUAUCAUUUUACAGAGCAUACUUGAGUACUUCUCUUUUCACUUAUGUUGAUCAACUUAGUUAGUUGGUUCUUCAACUAAAGUGCAGCAGACAGUACUUUUCCCCCUCCUAGCACUCUAGCCUGUAGUUGCAUUCUUGACUGCAAUUGUGAGUCAAUUGAGGUGAUACCAUUGAAACUAAUAUACCAUGCUAGAGUAGUUACUUUUAGCCAGAUUUAUUGAAUAUGCUCUAAAUCACAUGGCAUGAGGUGGAAAAACUAAAAAAUGAAAGUCAAGGACCAAUUAAACAAAAAUGCCUGAACCAAAGAUGUGAGAAAACAAAAUAACAUGAAGCAAAGUGAUAAAUUAUGUUGCCCAACUCCUAAGAGAGUAAAAUAGGGGUUGUUCCACUGAGGUUAAUUAUCCAGAUUGAUUUGUACCCUCUAUGUGUUCUUCUGCUGUAAAUGAUUACAUCGCAAAAUCAGUUUUUGGCAAAUGCUUGAAUUACAACUGUCAAACAUUAACUAGCAAAAUGUUCAAGUGUGACUCACGUCACACCUGUAUUUAGUAACCACAUUUUAUAAGUCACUUUGUGAAUGAUGAGUUGUUAACUAUUUUUCCUUCUGAGUAGGAAUGAUAAUUUAUUGAUGCUCUUUAUUAACAUCUGAAGCUAGCUUUUCCUAUGGAAGAUGUCCAAGAGCAGAAUGUUAUGCCCUCUUAUAUGUGUGGUGUGGUUAUUUCAUUUCCAUAGGAGCAACAUCUGCAGGAAGAUUAGAAUUAUACUUUGCACUGUUUAGUGAUGGACAAUCAACCAUGUCAUUUACAGGUAAAUUAUCAACUGGCAAGGUUUAUUUUAUUUAGGAAUAUACCACAGAGUCUAGAGUCUGGAGUUUGACUCCAGCUAGGCUGCAAAGGAGUUGUACAAAGGAAAGAAUUAAAUGGCCAAGAAAUAUGAAGAACACAUGCUCCAUUCCACCCUGUUAAUGCUUGCAUUCAGUCUUGUUGUGAGGGCAGAUCUUGGCAAAUGGUUUGUGGUCCUACUGUUAAUGUUGUCAGUAUAUUUCCAAAUGUUAUGAUGGAUUGAUUCCUAAAACAUCAUUUUUUCUUAACCAAUAAAACAGAUCUGGUAGAGAUGUUCCAUAUCUCACGAUCUCUUGCUGUUGUUGUGGCUGGUACUGCCCUUCAGAGUCCUAAGCCUGAAUCACAGACAAUAGCAGAUGUGUGGGCAAGGUCAAUUGUGAGUUGAAAGUUUUCUUGUUGAUGCCAACUAUUAUUUGUCAAAAAUUUUUCAAAGGCUUAAAAGUCUGCCAAGGCUGAAGUCAUCUCAUGUGUAACUGACACUAAUGAUGUUUCGUAUAAUGUGUAUACAGGUAUUUCAAUUUACAUUGUCGGAUCAAAGCUUCAAGGGUACGGGACAAGACCAAAAGGCGGUAUGGGUAGAUUAGAAUUAAUUUUAGGCUUUCGGGGUUGUCGGUGCGAGAUGGACAUGGAGGCUGAAAAUACAAUUAGAUUGUUUCAAAGAGCAACAAGAAUAUUAUUCAUUAAGAUCCCAUAUUUUGUCUUGUAGGCCUUUGAUCCGAUUUGAAAUAGCUGUAUUUUUCCUGAUAAAAUGGUAGGAACAGCUAUGGCUCAGCUGAGUUACUUUUAAUUAAUUGUGUUUGAAUCAACAGGAAUACCCUGAUUUUUAAUUUAGUUACCUUAAAUUUGAACAAACUUAAGUAUGGCUCUACAAAUGAUUGGUGAGGCCUAAAUUUCUUAAAAUUCCUCUUCUAGUAAAUUAUUUGAGGAUGUAGAGUAUAUGCACAUGAGUUCUGAACAUUGUGGGCAUGCUAUAAUUUAAGCUGCAAUGAUUUUAAUUUUUUGAAUUAUUUCCUUGAUUGUGGUGAAUGUCAAACUUUAUUUGGUGAAUGAGAUAAAUUCACAACAAAUGAAGCUUAAUGUGCACAUCACUAGUAAUUUAGCCUAUUUUUGGUCAUCUUUCUGCAACUGAUGUGAGAUAAGCUAUAGAGUACACAAGGUAAUGAAUGUAGUAUUAUCAGCUGAGUUGAUAACAUAAGUUGGCCACCAUAAAGAGUUGAAAAGCUGAUGCUUUGAGUGUUAGCCCUUUGUCAGAGCUUUGUAUUUGCUCACCUUUUAAACUCUUUAUGGUGGCCAAAUUAUGUUAUCAACUCAGUUGAUAAUACUAAAUUCUCCUGUUAUACUCUCCCACCGACACAGCACCACAGUUUCUUUAGAAAUUUACCCUCUUAACCCUGUCUCUCCCAAGAUCUGAUUGUUAAUUCUCUCCUCUCUCUGCCACACAAUUCCUUGUAAAUUAGUUGUGAGAAUUUGAUGUAAGAUCAAGAUAAAAACUUCUACCCGAUAAGUUUGAUUAUUCUCAUGAACUGUUUGCUAGAAAAUGUAAAAAUAUCAUAGGGAGAAGUUACAUGUUAGUCACUUCUGGGAGUUAAAGGGUUAAAUAGUUUAUAGAGUACACAGUUAACUAACUGUGUUAUUUUUAUUACACCUCAAUUUUUGUUGCCUUUCCUUUUUUAAAGAUUGGUGAUGAUGACAACACUCAGGUAGACUGUCAAACAUUUUGUAGCUGGGCCAAACAAAACUGCCCAAGAGUGUUUGAUGGAAUUCACUGCUGGAUGAGGAAAAUGCUCCUGCAAAGAGGAAAUUCAGCUGCAGCAGCCACUCCAGAGGUAGCUACUGUUAUCUACUGUUAUCUACUGGGAGGAGGCAGCGUGGUGGGAGUGGUCGGGGUAAUGUUCUUGAAAUCACAUGGUCCUAGGUUCAAACCCUCCAUCCUGCCAUUCCUCGCAUUUGUUCUUGGUUGCCCUGAGUUCAACUCCUUUGGCUGCUCUUUGUGUAAAGCCAACUGAUCUGCCUUCUGCCAGUUGCUAUUUUUAAACACUCUGUUUAGUUACUGUUUCAUUCAUUUGUAUUGGCUCAGGAAAGACUGGAGGGCCCCAUUGGGAGAGUGGUAAAUUGAGUAUACAAACACACAUACAAAAUUUCAUGAAGUUAAAGGACCACCACUAGUAAUUUUGUAUUAUUUCACCUCCUUUUGUUUUACAAACACAAUAAGAUAUUUUUAGCCAUAGCAGCAAUCCAAGCUAGUGAGAGUAGGACGCACUAGUCUUGCAGUUGUUCUGGCACACAUCAUCAAGCCAUUUUAGAAAAUACAAUAAUUGAUUCAGAAGAAUGUACAAGGACAAUGACUAAUUUAGGUAAUUUCCAGAUAAGUUAAGCCCGUUUGUAGUAAAUUAAUUGUCACUUGAAUGACUCUUUAAUGUUUAGGGUAACUGCAUGUUUAUGUUACAGGGAUUUCCAGCAAUACCACGCGUCUUAGAUCCAAUACACAGCCAUUCCUUACUGAAUACAGAAACCCUGUGGAUUCUCUCCACCAUCCUGCCACAUUGCUUCAUAAGAGGUACCCCUUUAACAUUCAACACAGGCAGUCUCCAGUCAGAAGUCUUAGAAGAAAGAAUUGCAAACCCUUUAGAGAGAGUAAGCUAAUUUCGUCUUGUAACACUUUCAAUACCCCUUGCUAACCAACUUCAAGGUCCAUAGUGUAAGUUACGAACCGAGCUUUUUUCGCCUGCUAAAGCGAAGCGCUGAGCGCGCUAGCCUUAAAUUCUAGCGGAAAGAGCAAGGUUCCGCAACUUACAGUACUGACCGGGAAGAAAAAGUUUUGUAAGAUAUUUAUGAUAUCUCUGGGUUUAGCUAGAGGGGAAAUAUUUCAAUUCAAACAAACCUCUGAAUUUAGCGGGCCGCACAGUGAAAUACGGCUCGCUAAAUUGAUCAAACAUAGCGCACAAUACGUAACUGAGAGAGAAAAUGGUGAAGUGUAAUUCUCGAUUGUUGUUAAGGAAUCAUGCAAAAGAAAAAAAAGCAAGACCUAAUUCUAAGACAGCAUGAUCUGAAAAGUAUGAGCAGAGAGGUUUUAGCCGGUGUAGCUGGCUAGCGGUUUUGUGUGUGCUUUGAAAUAUUAAGUGGGGAAGCUCUGUAAAACAGUGAUGAAGUUUGCAGUGCUAUGUUGAUGUUUUAUCCACUUUCUCACUGUUUUCUGAAUCUUUCCAGUGUAAAGAAUGGACCUUACUCUAUGAUAGUCGUGAACAUGGUCAGAGUUUAAACAGGUGAGUGAUUUGCUGAACAUUUCUGAAGGGAUAGAGGGAGUUGUUGAGCAUAUGGUAUGAGUGCGGGUCAGAGACAAUAAGCAGACGUCAACUGUAACAGUAUGCAGGACGCGUGUCACCCCAUAAGUACCUGACUCAUUAUAGAGUUCUUUGUAGUUCAGUUGUACAGCCUUGCGAGUAGGCCUUCUUUCAUAUGUGCUUCAGGACGCGUGUUUCUCCGCCCGCGGAAAAUUUGAGACAAGUCGGGGAGAGGUUUAUGCCAGGUUCUGGCAGUAAUAGCGUGAGACUUCUUGUAGAUCUCUUGUCGACUCGCGCUGCUCAAGCGCUGGUAAUGAAGGUCUGCUGACAGGCUAUUUUUGAUAAAGCACCAAAAGGUCUGAAGUUUGAUUCCCCAUGGGAACUCAUAUUUUCUAACUUUCGUGAAUAAGUACAUGACAUCUCUCGCUCAUACUGUACAGUUUUCAGGAAAUUAAAUCAGCCUUUACAGCUUGGGGUGUAGAGAAAAGUAACAACAUACGAGGGGUUUUUAACAGAUUUUUCCAUAAGAAGCUGCCAAUCUUGUAAUAUGCAGCUGCGUCCAGGAAAGGAGCCAUAAGGCUAAAUACAAACACGUGAGCCUGCCGGCUAAAGAGACGGGGGUAAGAGAUCUUAUAGGCAGCGGUAGACCGCCACAGUAACCGGCUUUUGAUAAAACCGCUGAUUUAUUGUUAGAAUUGUUUGGUUUCGGUAUUAGUCACUGAUAGUAUUUUGAUUUGAUUUAGGUUCAAGCAUCACUGCAUGGAUUACCGUGGACCUACUGUCGCUCUGUUAAAGGUUGGAAAGGAAGGAUUGCUCAUUGCAGCUAUUGAUGUCGAAUGGAGGUAAGGGAUCGAAGGCAUAUAUGAAACAGUAUACAUGCCUUACUUUCCAAGCCAAGAGAAGUCUCAAGAUGAUUUUGGCAUUCAUGACUGGUUUUUUUCUGUAUGAUCAAAAUGGGAAAUCUUGAGCGGGCAAUUGUGGUAGCCAAUCAGAAUACAGGAUCCACUCCGACAAGCCCACGUAAGCGUCAUUAUAAACCCUAUCUUGUCACUGUGUCAGUUCGUAAAUUCUUUUCUAUAUAAAAAGGUUGUCAUUUUUAAGCCACAUGCAUUUGAUUGUGUGUUGGUCUUGAUGCUUUAUAGACUAACCCCCCCCCCUCAGGGGUUUGUGUGAAUGUUAUUGGUAUCGUGUCAGUUGUUUGUCAUACCAGAUUGUAAAGGUAUUGUAAAACACAAAUUGACUAUCGUAAUUCUCAUUUCUAGUUAUCAUAAUGAAAUAAAACUGCUUGUCGGUCGUUUUCUGAAGUGAGAGGUUUAAAAACCAGUUGACCAAGGUAGUUACUCAGAGUUAUGACUGUAAUGUUCCAUCCUUUGUCCUUCAGGGAAUCAUCAUCAAGCUGGGGAAACUCUGAAUGUAGGAUUAUUCAAGUGAGACCCAAGUUUCGGUUGUUGAGAGGUGAGAAAUAUGGACGCUUACAGUUUGAUGAAUACACGGGGUAACCGAUUAAGUCGACUGGAAGUCAUCUCGCCGAUGUUAUGUCGCCCUAAACUAGAGGGCAAGAUGACUUUCGGGCUAUGUGUGCGCGUGUAGGAGAGAGGAAGCUCUAGUAUUCAUUUGUUGUCUUUGUCUGCUCCAUGCAAAUGUUCAAAGGAUAUUAGGGAAUCAUCAGCCAGAUCAACCCUAAAAAUAGUCUAUUGACUGAUUUGCGAAGCUAAGGUUAGCUAAGCUUGAUUCAAGGGAACGUCAAUACAAUGUCGGCAGACAAUCGUGUAUGACACUGUAAGAAAAAGUUGCACACUAGGAACGAGGGUUACAAUCUUUUCGUUUUUGUUCAAUAGCUGGUCCAAACUUGAUCUUCUUUAACGAGAGGGCGAGAGGUUUGCCAUCAGGGAUAGUUCUGGGUCAGACAUCAAGGCCUUGUGUCACACUGGAUGCUGAUUUAACUGCUGCUAAACUUCAUUAUCAGAUGGAUUUGACGCCACAGACCAUCAACAAAAUAGAGGUACAAAUAUCACUGCAGCCGCUUAGAUAUACUUGAGAUUCUCAAAUCAAUGUCAGUAUUAGCAACUGCGCACUUAUUCCUCCCUUAACGCAAAAGUAACCCAAACUUGUUAUCAGUUGAUUGUUUUGGGGUUAGGGGAGGGGUAGGUGCGAAGUUGCUGACAUUGAUCCAAAUUCUCAGUACGGUGCUCAGUUGUUCUUGAUACACGCUACGUCUUCACUUUUGAAUCAAACAUUUUGCUUCUUCGGUGUGUUUUUCGAUAUCAGGUUUGGGGAUGUGGUGGACAGGAAUUGAAAGCAAAACAGCAAAAACAACAACAAUGGGAACGAAAACAAGCAGAGAAACUUCAAAAGGUUUGAAAAGCGGAGAUUAAUUAACUUUAAAUUAUUAACUUUGAAAAUAUUGAUCUGAUAGCAGAGUUUCUCUGGAAAUCCAGGUUCCAAGUAACUUUAAUUGGACGAAGAGAGGGGUUGUUUUAGAUCAGGAAUAGAAAACAGUCAUAACUUUAGGGAUACACACGGAUCACAGAGGAGGUCUUACGGGAAUGAACGCAUGCAUGGUAUCAUUAUAAGAAAGUAGGCCAUGCGCAAUAAAAUCAGUGGGUACUUCCAUGAACUAAGAGUGACGCUUUUUUUCCUGCUACAGGUAAAGCGACCUGGGAGGUGGGAUGACAACCCAGACAAAGCGAUUCUGGACAUGGCCGGUGUCACUACAAACCACAGUCAACGAUAAAACAGACUGCGCGCAUCCGAUAUUUCAUCGACAUAACUCGGAAGACAUAAUUGUUAUUCAAUUGAUGCUCUUCAGGGUUACUCCCACGUUUGCAAAGAAUUUUCGUAGGAAGGAAUGCGAUUUGAAUAUCACUGAGGAAAAACAACCCAAAAAAAGCAUCUUCGCCUCGAAAAGAUUCCAACAGCAAAACAGGAAAAGCUCUUUUUGACACAUCAUUGAAAUACUUGAAAUAUUGGGGGUUAACUUGGUAGUAUUCCGAGCCCAUUUAUCAUAUAUUUCAGGAAGUGCGUUAUCGACUAAGUGUGUGGUAAAAUUAUGAAGUGUGUUGCUGUUCUGUUUUGAGGUCAACAUAGCUGGAUAUUGUUUAAGUUCUCUUUUUGCCGUUUUUGUUGCACUCAAGGUAAAAACAAAAAAUAACGGGACCAAUAUCCAGCCAAUCUGAUUGAACAAAUUUAGUUUGGUCUUUUUUUCGUGUUCAAAGCGGGCAGUCCCGAGCGGAAAAGUUUGGCCAUCUUGUCCACACGGUAGCCAAUCCUAAAAAAAAAACGGCUCGCUUCGUUGUGUCGUCCAAAGAUUUAGUUUUCAAUGUAUCUUAGAAUUUCUUAAGAUAAUGUAGUCAUCAAAUGAUUAGAUAAAAAAAAGAACCUUUUUUCACGAUCGCACCAUAGUAUCCAAAGAUUUAUCACAAGUUCUACAAGUUAAAAUUUACUUCAGAUAAACAAAAAUUUAUAAUAGGAAAUUUGUAAGGCGGUGAUACAUUUGCAUAUACAUUUCAGAAGAAACCAAGAAUUCGAAAUAUUCCAAGUGUUAUUGGGAUGUUGCAUGCAUUUAUCACUUAAUAAAUGACUGAUACAUUUUACUAUGCCGUAGUUUUUCGUAUGCCUGCUUAUUUCAAGUUUUAACUUCGACUUUCUUUCUCAAGAAAACGUAUUGGGAAAUAUUUGUCGAAGCACGGUUGUCCAUUUUGCACAACA